AAAAUGGCGGAAGUGGCAUGUUUGAAUUCAUUGCUUGUAGUUUCUUGAGUUCGCUGCCUGCUUUUUCUGUUAUGCAUUAAUGAAAAUAAUUGAAUGAUAAGUGUGAUUUUCGAAAAUACUGGAGUGAACUCCAAAAUGCAGUUUUUGUCUUUAGAUCGUUGCUAGAUGUACCCAUCGGUGUCAAAUACGUCAAAAUUUUACACUUUAAUCGGAAACGAGGACAUGGAAGUAAAGCCGAAGCACGCCAGCAGCCCGGCCAUGAAAGCACCGAAUGAAGCUGAGUCGGACUGCAGCGCAGACAUGAAGACGCAUUUUCGUGUUUGUCGCUUCAUCAUGGAAACAGGUGUAAAGCUGGGAAUGCGCUCCAUCCCCGUGGCUACAGCCUGCGCUUUGUACCACCGGUUCUACCAGUCCGCCAGCCUCCAGGUGUACGAGCCAUACUUAGUGGCCAUGUCUGCCAUCUACCUGGCUGGCAAAGUGGAAGAGCAGCACCUCAGGACGAGGGACAUUAUCAACGUGUGUCACAGGUACCUCCAUGCAGGUAGUGAGCCCUUAGACCUGGACAGUGAAUUCUGGGAGCUCAGAGAUAGUGUGGUCCAGUGUGAAUUACUCAUCCUCCGGCAGCUCAAUUUCCAGGUCUCCUUCCAUCACCCGCAUAAGUACCUCCUGCACUACCUCCUCUCCGUGAAGGGAAUUAUGAACAGGCAUGCCUGGUCCCGGACCCCCAUCUCAGAGACGGCCUGGGCCCUUCUGAAGGACAGCUACCACGGGCCCCUGUGUGUGCGCCACCCACCCCAGCACCUGGCACUUGCGGUUCUAUACCUUUCCCUACAAAGCUAUGGUGUGGAGCUUCCUGUGGGGGCUGUGGAGUGGUGGCAGGUUUUCUGUGAAGAAAUCACAAAAGCAGAAAUAGAGUCCAUCAUUACUGAUGUCCUUCAGCUAUAUGACAUGGAGGCCAAAUGUACAUGAUCAUGCUACACCUUUAAGAGGGUCGAUAAACACACAGGGCACCGGCGGAUUCUGGACCGGAUGGCUCUGGUUGCACAUCCCCUGUUUGCUCUGCUGAGUGAACACAGAGCACGUGCUAAUCUGCUCGCCAGUGAAUUGCUGCUAAAAUCUGAUUAUUUCCAAGGAGCCAGAAGACCGGAGCAGUAACUGAGCAACAGAUACACAAAUUUGAUAGAGUCCCAUUUCAUUUUCUAUAAUGUCUCGACAUGUCAUCAGCAGAACUGCAGUCACAUGUCCUGUGAAUGAGGUUGGCAGUUUCUGUGUCAACCGAUUCCAGGGAGACAACAGCACAAACGGCCCAGACGCUCCUUACGCGGGUGUAUUUAAAUAUUCUACAUUAAUGCCAUUGUCAAUGGUAUAUCAGGCAUCUUUUCUGUGCCUGAGCUCAGUAAUUAAUUUGCAUAAUUAUGCUUGAUUGCUGUUGUCUGAAUUUUAAUUGGAAUUUGCCCUUACUUGGUAAUAAUUUUGCAGUUUUUUUUUUUGUUGUUCUUUUAGUACGUUGUAAUUUUGAUUGUUACUUUAUGGCCUAGAUGUCCAGUGAAGUAAAUGAUUAGGAUUUACCAGUAAGUUUACCAGUUUGAGUUCAUCCUGGAAAUCCGUAGUCUGUAUAUACAGUCGAUGCAGUGUGAGGAUGCUGCCCUCACAUGAGGCCAAUCAGGGCUCAUUAAUUAAGAGGUCUUUUAGAACAGAAGCCAGGCCACACAGCAGCCCUCGGGACCUGCACUUGGGACCCCUGCACCACAUGUCUGCCUGUAUCUGGUUAUGGGAGCUUAUUCUGAUUAUUCAUCAGUCCGAAAACUAAAUGCCAGGAGUCAUUAGGAGCUCUGCAUCUGCAUGGGACUAUGGGUUAGGAUCCAGGCCCAGCACUGUGAAUGUUGAGUGUGCAUGUUCUCCCCUUAUCUUUGUUGGUUUGGUUCCAGCCCCAGCACUGUGAAUGUUGAGUGUGCGUGUUCUCCCCUUUGUUGGUUUGGUUCCAGCCCCAGCUCUGUUUGUGGGGAGUUUGCAUGUUCUACCUCGUGUUUAUAUGGAGUGGGUUCCAGCCCCACUCUAUGUGAGGAGUUCAUGUAUUCUCCCCUUGUUUAUAUGGGCUUGGUUCUAGCCCCAGCUCAGUGAGUCUGAACUGUGCAUUUACUCUUUCCCCCAACUACUCAGAACACGUCAGUGCUACCCUAGUUGUGUAAGUGGUUAUGGAUGUAGGGAUGGAUGCUACUGGGGUAUUCUUGUUUAAUAUAUGGUCACAAUGACAGAUCCACCUGACGUAGUAAGACUGAAUAGCUCUCUUGCGGUCAGGCUGCAGUGAGUGAGUGAGGUUGUGAUGAUGGGACUUGAGGAGGGGGGGCUUGGGGGUGGUAGUUCAGUUUCUUACUGUCUAGAAAGGAGCAGGAAUGUUGGUAGGACUGCCUGUGAUCUUUGCUUGCUUGGGAAAAUUACUUGGUCCUUGACUACUACUGCCAUAUAUGUUCUUUCAUUUAAAAAAAGAAAAGAAAAAAAACCCAGGAUCUGGCCGCCAUAUACAUGGUUCCUACAGGCAUUGUUGCCAAAUGAAACUACAGAUUCUCAGACAGGAUAGAUACUGUCAUGGUAAUGAAAUUAUUUACUAAUCAUUUUACUGCUAGUUUUGAAGAAACCUGCUCUGUGAGGUUGUACUGAAAUGAUUUCAGAGUGGUGCUGACGGCUGUGGCCAUGUUAGAAUCUGAGCUGACCUAAAUAAACAUUUGUACCGUAAUAAGGGGUGAGUGGAAAAGGUGAGAUUAUCUUUAAAAUCCCCAAUUCCAUGUUUAUUCUUGCAGGAAAUCUCUGCAUGAAAUUGAUGGUUUGUACUAUUUUCUUAAGUACUUUUAAAAUACGUGAUGGACAGACGUUUCUUACUACUUGACAGGCAAAACGAAACACUGGAAAAUCAGCUGAGUUCUCUCGCUCUCUCUCACACACACACACACACACACACACACACACCAAUUCUUACUGAGAACUGAGCAGCAAAUCACACGCAAUGGCAGAUGAGCGAAUUCCUUUAUCAUGCCCUUUACAGAUUUAAAUGAAUGAUUUGCUGAUUUAUAAAAGGUCUUCCUUUAUUUCAAAAAGACCAGAAUUAACCAGACCAAUUCCCUCAAAAAUGCAGCGGCCCUGUGGCUUUCAACUUUUUCAUAGCUUUUCAUGAGCUGAAAUCUUCCCAGCUGAAAUCUUCCCAGGUGAAAUCUUCCCAGGUGAAAUCUUCCCAGGUGAAAUCCUCCCAGUUUCCUUGUGUCAUCCAUUUCCUCCCCAUGCAUAAGCAUGAAUAAGCAUGUGGUCCUGUAUUAAAGCCCGGGGAUGUAUAUGGAAUUCCCUGAAAUUUCAGAUCAGCAUUAAACUAAUGCUUCAGAUGGAA